AUGUUAGUGGACUUGGUGUAUAAGUAUAAACAUAUAAUUGAAUGUAAGAAAACAGAUGCACUGACAUGGAAAGACAAGGAUGCAACAUGGAUAAAAAUAUCAGAUGCUUUUAAUGCAAGCGUCAUGGAGAAGAAGACACCUGAGCAACUACGUACCAAGUACGACAAUUUGAAAAAGGAUGCAAGGCGAUACUUUGCAAAGCAGAGGCAAGAUAUUUAUAGAACAGGUGGGGGUGUUAUUGAAAAUGUCAUCAGUGAUAUUUUAAAACAUAUUUUUGAAAAAAUACGGGCUAUUACAACCCUUUCUAUGGAAGGCAUUGAACCACCUGUUGGUGAUAGCGAUUUUUGUAGUUUAAGUACUUCUGAAACAAGCAACUUUGAAGAGACAUCUAAGUCUGUGGCAGAGGCAGGUGAUGACGACCAACAUUUCACACAACCUCUUGAUGAUAAAAUGCAAGAUGUUGAAGGCAUAGAGGUGGUAUAUGUAGAACCUUGUGUAGAAGAAAGUGUGGCAAGUACACCAGCAAACGGUAAGUGUACCUUAACACAUUAACAUUUAUGUAAUGUAGUUCUCCAUUAUUUUGGGUUCGUUGUAAAUUCUUAUGAUAUAAAAGGAACCACAAAUGUUUAUUAGAUUUCUAAAAGGCGAUCGAUUUCGGGUUUUC